AUGUCCUACAAGGUGGAAGACAGGUCUCCUGGACCAGCUGCUUACAAUCCCAGUAUAAAACCGGUUGUCCGUUCUCCUCCGGCCUUCACCCUCGCUGCAAAGCGUCGACCACCUCCCAAUGAAGAUUGGAAGCUGGGACCAGGCAUGUACCAUCCAAGGCUCGGCCCAACGGGACCGGCUUUCAGCCUGAGCACGAAGGGGACUCCAAACCUGGACCUGGAGAAGAUGUGGAUGCUGGAACGCUCGCGACAUCCAUCUCCUCGAGGCAACACCAACGCAUGGACUCCUAGACGUUUUCUCCUGAGCGAGGUGACACCGGGGCCUGGCACUUACUCCCUUCCAAACAAGAACAGCGGGCCGGCCUUCACUGUGGCGUCCAAGCGGACCACCAAGCACGACACGGAUGCUCCGGGUCCAGGCACUUACUUCUACUCGGCAAGGCCGCAGAGUCCCUCGUUUACAAUGGCCAACAGGUUUCCUCCAUCGAGGACGUGUAACCCGGGACCUCGGACGGUCUAUGGCGACUUUUACAACACUCCAGGCCCUGCGCAGUAUAACCCGGACAGAGGCAAACGUGUUGCUGGCAGGAGCGGUCCGGCCUUCACAAUGACAGGGAAGUGGCACCGAGGACCGGAUAGCGGGCUUCCGGGGCCUGGAACUUACUUUCCUCCUCAGAACAACACAUUCGGUCAGGAUAUCGGGUGCCAGCAUGGGCGAAAACUACGUUCCAGGUAG